CUCCAAACGGCAACAACUUCGCUCAGCUUCUUGAUGAUGCCAGCUGGAUAGGAGAUCAAGUCGCUAAAGACACCUAAAAACCCACAGCAACUUUAUGGACCGAUGACAAUGGCAGCCAAGUUCAUUCCGCGUCAGGUUUUCCCCAACUAUGGGUCUAUCCCGAGGUCCUAUUUCCUGGGUCACCAUAGGGCCGGGUUGAAGAAGAUGCAGAACAUGCUUUCUUCCAUCGAUUAUGUAGUCGAGUGUCGCGAUUACAGGGUCCCCGUCACCUCUAUCAACCCUAUGUUCGAAGAAGCACUGGGAAAGACACGACGGUUGACCGUCUAUACAAAGCGAGAUCUGGGUGCUGCAUCGGGAUCGAAUGCGCAGAAAUUGGCGGAGAAAACCAUUCGAACCUUCAACAAGAACGGCGCUACAUUCUUCGUGAGUUCAUCUUCUAGGGCAGAUGUGGGCACAAUCUUAAAACACUUGCGGGACGAUGCAGAAGGACCGGACAAGCUUGUUGGAUGCCGGGUGAUGAUUGUUGGCAUGCCUAAUGUGGGCAAGUCGACUCUCAUCAAUCACCUGCGUAAUCAGGGUGUGGGCAAGGCCAAGGCGGUGCGGACCGGUGGCCAGCCAGGUAUCACAAGGAAGAUCGGAACACCCGUGAAGAUCAUCGAAAGAGAAGGUGGCUCCCAUGUCUACGUAUUGGACACCCCCGGUGUAUUCAUGCCAUACGUGCCGGAUGCAGAGAACAUGCUUAAACUAGCUCUGUGUGGCUGUGUGAAGGAUUCGGUUAUCUCCCCGGUCACGCUAGCCGACUACCUAUUAUAUCACAUCAACCUGAAUGACGCCGAGGUAUAUAAGCGAUGGUCUGAGCCGACAAACGAGAUCGUACCUCUAUUGAACAACUUCGCCCGACAUGCUGGUCUCCUGGCCAAGGGCGGUAUCCCAAAUAUCGACCUGGCAGCACUGCACUUCAUCCAAAAGUGGCGUGCCGGCGACCUGGGCAGAUUUAUGCUUGAUGACCUGAAGGAGGAAGAACGCCGUCUGCAAGAAGGCGGAGAGCGAGAGAUACCCACCAGCUAUACCCAGGCCUUGAAGGCCGAGAAGCUGGGCAGAAAGCAACCCAAGCUGUAAAUAAAUAAAGAAUCAUGUAACAUAGAUAUUUCUCCCAUCCAUUGUACAAAA